ACGGUGGAUUUGCGUUUAGUGACGCUUGAAUGGAAAGAGGAAAAGAUGCUUAAAGCUUUAGAAGAGGUAGCUCCAGCCUUCAGACCACGUUUCAGUGAGUCAGACGCCGGAUCCCGAGCCGGAGUCGGUUUGUGAGCUGAGUCCUCGCUGUUAAAACACGAGGAUCAAUCACGAAAAUUAGCGAACAACGCCGCUGAAAACGGGAAACGUGAGAAACGAUAGAUAGAAAGAGGCAAACACAGAGAGAUAGAGAGAAAUGUCAAAUCUGAAGAAGAGAAGCCCCGGCGCCUCCGGGGACCGAGACGAGGACAAGCAGGUUACAGAGAAAAUGCUCUCCUCGGGCGGGGAGAACGGCAGCGCAGGCCGGGCGGACAGCGAGGCAGCCCGGAGCCCCGGCAGCGAGGUGGUCUCGGCGGCGGACGGGGAGGAGACGGUCGUGCUGAAAAGGACCAUCACGCUGGUGAACGGCGUGGCCAUCAUCGUGGGCACCAUCAUCGGCUCGGGCAUCUUCGUCACCCCCACCGGCGUGGUGAAAGAGGCCGGCUCCGUGGGGCUAUCCCUGGUGGUGUGGGCGCUGUGCGGCGUGUUCUCUACUAUAGGCGCGCUGUGCUACGCCGAGCUGGGGACCACCAUCACCAAGUCCGGCGGCGACUACGCCUAUAUCCUGGACGUGUACGGCUCGCUGCCCGCCUUCCUCAAGCUGUGGAUCGAGCUGCUCAUCAUCAGACCGUCCUCGCAGUACAUCGUCGCCUACGUGUUCGCUACCUACCUGCUGAAGCCCAUCUUUCCCACCUGCCCGGUGCCGGAGAACGGAGCCAAGCUGGUGGCGUGUCUCUGCAUCCUGUUGUUAACGGCCGUGAACUGCUACAGUGUCCGUGCAGCCACGCGGGUCCAGGACGCUUUCGCUGCUGCAAAGCUACUCGCCCUGGGACUCAUCAUCAUUAUUGGCUUUGUGCAGAUCGGCAAAGGUGAUACUGUAAACCUUCUGCCGGAGAAAUCCUUCGAAGGAACCAAUACUGACUUUGGUAACAUCGGCCUGGCUCUCUACAGCGGCUUGUUUGCUUAUGGAGGAUGGAAUUACUUGAAUUUUGUCACAGAAGAAAUGAUCGAGCCGUACAAAAAUCUGCCCCGAGCCAUUAUUAUCUCCCUGCCCAUCGUUACCAUUGUGUACGUGUUGACCAAUCUGGCUUACUUCACCACUCUGAGCCCGGAGGAGAUGCUGGGCUCUGAGGCUGUGGCUGUGGAUUUUGGAAACUAUCACCUUGGCCCCAUGGCCUGGAUCAUCCCUGUGUUUGUGGGACUGUCCUGCUUUGGAUCUGUCAAUGGCUCACUGUUUACAUCAUCCAGACUGUUCUUCGUGGGGUCACGUGAAGGUCACCUUCCCAGCCUGCUGUCCAUGAUCCACCCAAACCUGCUGACCCCUCUGCCCUCUCUCAUCUUUACUUGUGUGAUGACACUCCUCUAUGCCUUCUCCAACGACAUCUUCUCAGUCAUCAACUUCUUCAGUUUCUUUAACUGGCUCUGCAUUGCCAUGGCCAUCGUUGGCAUGAUGUGGCUGCGCUACAAGAAACCCGAGCUGGAGCGACCAAUCAAGGUGAACAUCCUGCUGCCAGUUACCUUUGUGUUAGCGUGUCUGUUCCUCAUUGUGGUGUCCAUCUGGAAGACUCCUGUCGAGUGUGCCAUCGGAUUCGGCAUCAUCGCCACUGGUGUUCCUGUCUACUUCUUCGGGGUUUGGUGGAAAAACAAGCCUAAGUGGCUUCUGCAGAUUAUCUUCUCGACCACAGCCACGUUCCAGAAAAUGAUGGAGGUGGUUCCUCAGUCAUGAAAACCAACCGGAGAGAGCAGACGAAAAGCCUCAUUCUGCGCACAAAUCAAACAGACUGAUCCUGUUUUUCCCUGUUAACCUCCCGUACUGCUGCCAAGCAGACUCUACCCGUGCCCUGUCCUGACAGUUAAACAGAGAUUCCUGGCUAGGGCAUGAUCUCCUCCUAUACCUGCCCGUUUAAACCUGAUAUGCUGAGAUAAGGCAACCAAGAAUGUGGCAGGCUAUUGGAACCAUUGGAAGAUUUUUCUUCUUCUUUUUCUUCUUCCUAAACUUUUAUUUACUUAUUUCUGUUCUAUUGGUUUCUCAAGAAGUCAGUCAGUAGUUUUUAUUUUUUUUUUAUUAUUAUUUUUUUUUUUACCAUUUUUUACCAGCUUUUGUUUGACAUUCCAGUGACAUUCUAAUAAUUAUGGCCUCUGGUGUUCAGAAUCACACCCUAUUGGACAUAUACAGUGAACCUUUAUAGACAGUAUGUUAAUGGGUGAGUGUAGUGUGGCAUUGCUAUGGAGCCCAGCAGUAAGCUUGUUGUUUUCGCCAGUGUAACUGGUUUUAAAAAACAGCUUUUUUGAUUUAGAAUUAAUCCUCAGAAUGUGUGUGUACUCGGGUGAAAGUGGCUCAUCGUUAUCUAUAUUUUUACAGUGAUGCUUGACCUACACUACCCUACAGUAAGCUAAUUCACCAAAAUUAGCUGCAAAUUCACACGUUCUACAGUUUUCUCCAAACAAUCUACAGCAGAAUAAAACAGGGCAGUGUGUUUCGUUUAUCCAUGUAGAAAUGUAAUAAUAUUUAUUUGAACUUUUUACUCUUUUUGAAAGAAUUUUGAUCCCAGGGAUCAUAUCCCUUUAAGAUUGGGCUCUCAACAAUGCAUGCACUUACUAUUUUGUAUUUUCUUUGUCGUACACAGUAAAUGCAGUACCUCAGUUACACUGUACGUGAGUUUGUAAAACUCCAUCAUCAUUCCCAUUAGCCUUGUCUCCAUUCCGUACCUCAUUGAACUUACAAUUUUCGUCUUUAGAGAGCUGUCUAUGUUGUAAAUGCCUGAGUAAAACCAUGUCUACCUGGGAUCAAAAUGCGUGAAGAAAAUCUCAGAGUCAGGGCUUUACAGAUGAUAUACAGGCAAAUAUGUGCCUUUAUAAUGUGUUGAUCAUUUCAUGCUUUAGAAAGUUGGUUCUUUAAAGUGAGCUGCGACUUUCAAUGGUCAAGUCUAUAGAAAGACAAAUGUAUUCCAUUCAUUUUGAUGGAGAAUUUUAUUGAUUUGUUAGUAUGAACAUUCAGAUUUUGAUUUUCAUUAGUAAUGAUAACUCCCCCCCCCCCCAAUUCUUAUUAAAAUUAUAGUCAAAAUAUGAAAAAAAUAUAUAUAUAUAUAAUCUAUAAAUUAUAUACAAUAUAUACAGUUGCUGUGCACUCUAAUUGUAACCGUGUAUUCAGAUCCCGUGACUGGCAAGGCCACUGAAGAACACUAAACUUAUUGUUCAUGCUCUUAAAAACAGUUUCAAAGACUUUCAAAGGCUUUGUGUUCAUCUUUAUCAUCAUUAUCACCACCAUGCUGGAAGUAGCCAUUAGAAGCAGGUAAAUUGUGGUCAUGAAGGGAUGCACAUGGUCAACAACAAUACUUAUAUAACCUGUAGCAUUCAAGCAAAUAUUGAUUAGUAUAAUAUGGCCCACAAUAUGCAAGAAAAUCCACCUGCUCUUAAAUAAGAGGAAGCACAGGUGUUCUUCAUUAAGUGCUCAGUGAGUGUAUAUACUGUAGAAUCAAUGACAACUUAAAAUCAGUUUUGUUUUGAGUACAGAUAGUUUAAUUUUGAGUUUGUAUAGACUCAUAAUUCUUAGAAUUCUAAUUAUGCAGGAAAUAAACAUAACAUGAAAAGUAAGGAACUUUGUGUUUUGUAGAUUCUUUCUUUCUUGGAACAAUGCUUCUUGGCAAUAAAUCUUAUACCGUAAAUGGAGCCACAUUUGUAAGGAUCAUGCAUUUGUGGGAUGAUCAGCAGUAGAGCUGAGUAUGUGGGAUGUGACCAUGAAAAAUUUGCCAAAUCCUCUCUGCCAUUGCCAAACAGCUUAUUUUCCUCUUGCUAUUGACACUUGUUUUGAGCUUCUAGUACCUGAUUGAUUGGCAGCACCUGUGAGAGCGGUCUCUUCUACAGUGGUCAGUAGGUUUUGCUCCAAGAAUCGGCAUUAUGCCACAUUUGCAUUAUCUGGAUAGGGCCUGUUCUAUAUCUGGAUAGAGUAGAGUUCCAUAUAACAGGGGAUGUUAUAGACAGGCAGGGACAUGUGAGUGUCCCAAAGAAGAUCACCAAGAACAUCAAGCGACAAGAUAGCAAAAUAAGCUGUUUGGCAUGGACUGAAAAAAAUUACAUUUAUUUUUAAAAGUUUUGCAACUUUCUGCACUUGCUGUUAUUAAGUAAAUUUAAUGUUAAUUUAGGUAAAGGUUACUUAAAGAAAGCAUUGAUUCAGCAAAAAAUAAAUUAAGUAAAGUUUACUAAAAGAAAGGAUUGACUGAAGUUCAGUUCACUUAUUUACUUUAUUGUACUUACAUUUAUCUGAAAUCAAAUUUACUUAAAAAAAAGCAAGUGCAGAAAGUUACAAAACUUUUUUAAAGCAAAUUUUACUUAGCAUUUUUUUCAGUGUGGGCACAACCCACAUACUCAGCUUAACUUCUCAUCCUACAAAUGCAUGUUGCUUACAAUUAUGACAACAUUUAAACAGGAAAUUAACAGGAUUUCCAACAGUAUAAGACUUAAUGCCAAGAAAUCAUCUACCAAACACAAACUUCCUUACUAUUUGUGCUAUGCUUUAUUGAGUCUUCUUAAGCUAAGCUAAGUUUAAUGAAACCACGCAAAGUUUAAUGUAGACAAAGUCCUUUCUUUCACUAUGCAGUGAAAUAUCUUGGGAUACUUAAACAUGAUGCAACAAACAUGUCAUGUUUAAUUUAUCGUUGAGAUCUAGAGAAUUAGAGAACCCAAAGUCCCAGCUUUCAGUGCCUCAGUAAUGAAGACUGAUGGAAUCUUUUUAUUAUUGCUAUUUUUCUUUUUUUUUUUAUCGUUUAUUUGUGUAAAGUGUGUUUUCGUGUGUGUGUGUGUGUGUGUGUGUGUGUUUGAAUGUACUGAAUGGCACCGUAGUUAGGAAUACGCACAGUGUGUGAAAGUGGUUUACCAAAUUAAAUUGGCUUAGUGGAGUUUUAGUCCAGCAGGGGGUGCUCAGGGCCAUUCACUAUAGAGCUCUGAAUGGCGUGAGAUUCAGUAAAUUUGUUUAGGAUUUUGCCCAUUAUGUACAGUAGGUUCCGAGACUUCAUCAUCAGUAUAAGUUUAAUAUUCGUUAUUUUCAGCAGUAUCCGUUUACUGAUGGACUACGACUCCACUGGGCUGUUUAAAAUGGUUGAGACCAAAAUGGUGGAGGCCUACUUCUACUUCUACAGUGAUGAUGUUUUACCUGUGAAGAAGCAGCUGGGUUUGAUGUCUCUUUAAGACUGUGAGAUAAAAUGAGCGUGUGUCUGUGUGUCUCUGAGUGUGUGAGCGAGCAAGUGUGUGUGUGUGUGAGAUGGAGCUUUGUAUCGGCAGGAUGGUGAUGUUUGUCUGAGAUGUUGAGUAAUUGAGAUAAGUGAUGGAGAAGAGUGUGUUUGGUCAUAGAGAGUGAAUGCAGUUGAUGUGUAUGAAGGGAGGAGAGGGGGGGGGGUGCUGUUGCAUGGAGAUACUGAUGAAUUAUGGGGUGGGGAGGUUUAGGUUAGAUGGGAAAUAUGUAUUAAUAGGGGUUGGGAAGAUUGGGAAAUAAGACUAGAUCAUUUUUAUUAUUAUUAUAUUUUUUUUUUUACAUAUGCAGUGUAGUGAGUUUACUACGAUCCUCCUCCUACAGUAGAUGUAAAUGGAGGGAUGAAGUAUUUUUUUUCUAAGUGUGAUUUAGAAACAGAGAAACACUGACAGAGACUGACUGGACUCCUCUGAAUGCUCACCGGGACCACAGCUACAUUGGUUUUGUGGGCGUCCCAUCUUUUCGGCAAGAGUUUAGACAGAAUUUUCUACGUAUGUUAGAAGCCGAUAGCCAUAUAGCCGAUCGACUAACACUCCAGCUAACCCGACUACCCGUUGACUAAUUUAAAUAGUACUGUAGAAAGUUACUUAUAUAUUUAUUUAUUUGUAGGUUUUUAGUUAGUGCUCUAAUCUUUUUACAGGGCAUUUUUGAAGGUGUUUCAGAAAUGAGUUUGUUGAUAUUAUUUUUAGUGUUCAUUUUAAUUUGUUUUUUCUCUGUGCCGGUCUGUGCCGGUCUGUACCGGUCUAUACUGGUCUCUCUUUGUCUGUUUUAGCUCAAAGAGCUGCUGUCUUCCUGCUGUUUCAUUUGAAAGAUCUCUCUCCCAUGAUCAUGUUUGCGAUCGUGUUUCCUCUGACGGGUAACGUUUGUCUGUGAAUUCCUACUGAUAGUCCGCUUAUGUGUGAUUUUACCUUCUGCCCUGAGUCUGCCCUAACGUCAGUGAUCUCUCUUUCCUCCACCAUGAGCCAAACAGCUGCUAUUUUAAAUCACACAGCAUUUUAAAAACUGAAAACUAUUAAAAUAGUAAAGCAAACUUAACAUGGUUUAGCAGUGAAGCAAAGCAUCAGCUUACCCAGGAUCUAAUAUCGAUUAUUGGUUAUAUAAUGAAAUUCAAUAAAGCAUUAUUUUUAGCUAAACUGCAAUUCUCUGGAUGCCUUUAAGCAUGAAAGCAAUCACGUUUUUAUUUGUCGUGUUCAAGUAGCUCCAUUUAUAUAUGUGAAUGCUGUAGACAUACAGUAAGUAGAGGUAGAAGUACUUUUUUUUAGAAGUAAAUCAUAAUUAGAGAUUAGCAACAAUAUGAUAUUUUUUGUGUUGAAACCAAACAAAAUGAAACUCUUGGCCAUAUUUUGUCUAGCUUUCGAAAGUAAAAUCUGUCACAAAACUACAAUUUAAAAAUAGGUAUUGAAGAUAAACCAAUAAAGCACAAUUUACCUCAGUCAAUUCUUUAGGUACAUUUGUAGUGCAAUUUUAGUCAUAUAUUUACCUCAACAAUGCUGUUUUAAUUAUGAAUGUUCCUCUGCAGUGAUACUCAAGUUGCCACCUACAUGUGCAUCGCAAAAAAUUCAAUAUCAAAAGUCUGCAUCUCAGAAAAUUCGAAUAUUAUGCAAGACCACUUUUGGCAUUGUGCCACGUCCUGUUGGAAAAUGAAAUCCGGAACUCCGUAAAAGUCGUCAUCAGAGGGAAGCAUGAAGUUCUAUAAGACACUGCACUGACUUUUUGAGAUCAAUUUAUUUUUCCAGGACUGACUAUUUAAAAAAAAGGACAAUCCAGGUGAAAUUGUCACAGCGAAAUUCAGACUCAACAAUUGCUAUGGCUAAUUUAGCUACCCAGGCAAACGUUACUGUUUUAGACCUGUAGAGCUUCUUCAGCUUCUUCAACCAAAAACCUGAAAUAGUCAUUGCCUGGUCUUUUUACUUAUUCAGAUGGUUACUGAAAGUGCUUUUGUGCCAUUUUUAGCCAAAUCAGUUUGUUGCCAAAUAUUUGGUGCAUCCCUAAUCAUAAUACUUUCACGGCAACUUUUAAUAUAAACCAAUAUAACAGAUUUAAUUCCAGUUUUGUUCAUUUCAGAGCAUUAAUGUACCAAUAUUUAUGAACAUGGUUUGAAGCUGUUUUGUGAGAAUGGCCCAUGUAAGCAUAAGAAAGUAAAAGUUUAUCAAAAAAGUUUCUCAAAAUAGCAAAAAAGAUCCUGUGAUAUGUAUAUGUCCCCUCCAUCUUAUACACACACAUACACACACACACACACACACGCUUUCUUAAAACGCUGCCAACUGCAUUCCGAGCACACAAGUACUCCAAUAUUUGAAGCUUUUCUCUUUCUCUCGCACACACACUGACCUCAGGGCAGACUCAGUGUUUAAUCACACUCUCAUGGUUCAGUCUAACUGCAGUGUGUUACAUGUACUGUAAAAUCUGCCGCCGCUUGCAAUUCAGCUGUCCUCGGACGUGUGUUAAACUCAGUGAUGUCCUCGAUGUUCUGUGCUCUCAGCUACUCUGUCGUGGCUCGUCCCUGAAAUGAAACUGUUUGCUGAGUUGGAAGACAAAUCUACUGUGUUUAAAAUCUACUGUACUGUUCUCUAGUGCAUUCUCUCCUGUGUUCUGUGUGAAACGUCUACUGCAAUUCUUUUGUCUUCUUCUUCUUUUCCAGAAAUAAAAGAAUUCAAAUCCUGAA